AAACAAACUUACCAUUCACACCCAUAUUUGCCAGCCACCUUCCUCCGCCAUGUCGUCUGUGGAUACUGAGAAGCCGGCUCCUCCUCCGUUGGAGACCGAGGCUCCGCCUCCGCCUCCCCCUCCCCCUCCCCCUCCACCUCCCCCUCCUCCGGCGAGCUACUCAGCUUUGGAUGUGGUUCUGAGGAUAUUGUUGCUUGGGUCGGCGGUGGCGUCGGUCGUGGUAAUGGUGACCAGCAUGCAGACUAAGCUCAUUGCUGUGCCGGGUGUCCCUGUUCUUGUGUCUAAUAAAGCCAAAUUUCAAAACUCGCCGGCUUUCAUAUACUUUGUAGCAGCACUCUCAGUUGUUGGCCUCUACAGCAUCAUCACUACGCUGGCAUCCUUUAUAUUCAUAUCAAAGCCAAGUUGCUCAACAAAGACCAUUCUCCAUCUAGCAAUCUGGGAUGUGCUGAUGCUGGGGUUGGCAGCUUCGGCCACAGGCACAGCAGGGGGCGUUGCAUACAUCGGAUUGAAAGGCAACUCUCAUGUGGGCUGGAACAAGGUGUGCAACACUUAUGAUAAGUUCUGUCGCCAUGUGGGGGGCUCGAUUGCUGUUGCAUUGUUCGCAUCUAUUCUGCUCGUCUUGCUUGUUUGGCUCUCUCUUUUCACCCUCUACUCUCGUAUCAGAAAAUAGUGUUUCGAGUGUAUGCAGAUAUCUGAAACAUGGCAAUUGAAUGUGUGUGAUGUGUUGAAGCCUUAGCUUUGGUUCUGUGGUUUUAAGUGUUAAGAGGAUUCAUGUGUAGUCGUGUGAACUGAAUUGAUUUUUUUCUUGUAUCCAUAAUGUACAUCCAUUUCCAAUUAUGAAACACGUAUUUCGAUCUUUGUGGAUUUCGUGUAGGAAAUGUUAUAAAUGUUGCUUUCGCCUAUAA